AUGCUGCCCUACUUUACCCAGCUCUAUGGGAAUCCCUCCAGCGUACAUACGGUGGGGCAAGAGGCUCGCUAUGCGUUGGAUAGCGCCCGGGAGCGAGUGGCCAAGGUGUUGGCUUGCCGGACGAGCGAGGUUGUGUUCACCAGCGGUGGCACCGAAUCGGACAAUGCGGCAAUCAUCGGCGCUGCCACUGCCCUACAUGAGACGGGAAACCACAUCAUAACUUCAAGCGUAGAACACCAUGCAGUGCUACAUACCUGCCAAUAUCUCGAGAACCUGGGUUACGAGGUGACCUUUCUUCCCGUGGAUGAAUAUGGGAACGUCAGCCCAGAACAGGUUUACAAUGCAACUGGCCCGCGGACUACCCUCGUGUCCAUAAUGUACGCCAACAACGAAAUUGGAACCAUUAACCCAAUUUCCGAGAUUUCUGCAGCGGUCCAAAAGCGGGCAGGAGAAUUGGACCGAACAAUAGUCAUGCACACCGACGCGGUUCAAGCCGCCGGUUUCCUCGACCUGAACGUGCGCAGACUUGGUGUAGAUAUGCUUAGUCUGUCCGGGCACAAGUUCUAUGGGCCAAAAGGCACCGGUGUCCUGUUUGUGCGACGGGGAACCCCCUAUAUGCCGCUUCUGUUAGGCGGAGGGCAGGAACGGGAGAGGCGGUCGGGCACGGAGAAUAUCGCCGGCAUAGUGGGCCUUUCCGUGGCAUUGGAUAUGGCCGACACAAGCAGGGAGGACACUUCUGCGAACUGUACGGUCCUCCGAGACCGUAUAAUUAGGGAAGUGACUGACAUUGUGCCCGACACCAAUCUGAACGGCCAUCCCAUCCAACGGCUCCCCAACAACAUAAACUUUUCUUUUGAGGGUGUUGAGGGAGAGUCUAUCCUUUUGGGCCUGGAUAUGGCGGGCGUGGCGGCUUCCAGUGGCAGCGCAUGCAGUUCCGGCUCACUGGAGCCGUCGCAUGUAUUAUUGGCACUGGGACAAACGGCUGAAUUGGCCCGGAGCAGCCUCCGAAUUACUCUGGGCAAGGAAAAUACUGAAGAAGAAGUGGAUUAUUUGCUGGGCGUUUUGGUUGACCUGGUUAGUCGGCUUCGCCAACUGCCCACACUAACUACGACAGGUUCCUGA